AUGGCAUCAGACGACCCUAAAAAGAAGAACAAAUCCUCGGGUAAAUCUGGUCGCCGCGGUCGCCCUCUGGGUACCACAAAGUUGGCCGGGUACCGCACCAGCACCGGGCGUCCUCUGGGCACCACACGAGCCGCCGGCUUCAAGACCAGUCCGGGGCGACCGCUCGGAACCACCCGAGCCGCGGGCUACAAGGUGACGGCGCCGCCUUCCCCUAACCCCCUCCCCCACCACAAGGAGCUGCUGUGUGACAUCAACCAACACAAGGAGCUGCUGUGUGACAUCAACCAACACAAGGAGCUGCUGUGUGACAUCAACCAACACAAGGAGCUGCUGUGUGACAUCAACCAACACAAGGAGCUGCUGUGUGACAUCAACCAACACAAGGAGCUGCUGUGUGACAUCAACCAACACAAGGAGCUAAUGGGCGAGAUGCCGAGACACAAGGAGCUAAUGGGCGAGAUGCCGAGACACAAGGAGCUAAUGGGCGAGAUGCCGAGACACAAGGAGCUAAUGGGCGAGAUGGCGAGCAAAGACGGGCUGCGCGAGUCGCCGUGUGACGAGAAGACGCCCACAGAGUGA